AUGACAGAUUGGACGUUUUUCAAAUCAAGUGGAAAACUGUGCAAAACAGAUACAAACGAAUGUCGUCCGGCAUAUAGUGGUAGACCAGGUGAAACAGAUCAAACAAAGAAAUUCAAAGGUCCAAUUCCAAAUGGAGAUUAUACUCUGGAUAAACCGAAAGGAAAUUCGCGAUUUCCUUUAAUACCUGAUAAAUCAAAUGAAAUGUUUGGAAGAUCGGCAUUUCAAAUUCAUGGUGAUAAUAACAAACGAAAUCAAUCAGCUAGUGAAGGUUGUAUUGUUACGGAUAAAAGAAAUGAUUUCAAACAAGGUGAUCGCCUUCAUGUUCGAAACGAUGAAGACAAAAAUGGAAAUUGUACAAUCAGUUAA